UACAUCCUAACAGAUGAAUGCAAUGAGUUAUCUUGAAUCGACAACACGAAAAAGGUUCUCAACUCUAGCAUCCUGAGAGUGGAGGACUCGGUGCAGAUGAGUCCCAGAUGCGGCAUGUGACACUGUCCCACUACAAUCCUGAGGUGGAUUGGCGGCGUGCCUGACUAGGGUCGGUACACCGUCACCUCAUUGGUCAUCUUCGCGGACCCACAGCUGGGGCGUGAAUUAUGUCUGAGGCAGGCGAGGUUACCGAGGCGGGGACUGAGCCACCACCUCCGAAGCGACCUUCCUCACUCCAAGUCGAUGCUAAGGGGGUUCAUGAGUAUCCAGUUGGGUGGCAGGGCUGGCUGAAGGGUAUAAUCUACGUCUUCCUCUGGUACGGCUCCAUCCUGAUGGGUUUCUUCUCCCUCUACUGCCCAAUUUUACCCAUCCUCUUCAUAUCUCGCCCUCUCUAUCGAAGAGCCACGGAAGUCAUCUUUACCAUGUGGGAAUGUUACGCUGUCGCUCUGAUGGAGGUGCUGUAUGGAGUGAAGUUUUUCCUUUCCGGGGACGUGAUCCGCCCCAAGGAACGUUCUGUCAUCGUUCUCAAUCACAGAAAUCGUUUGGACUGGAAUUACUUCUGGGGUGCCUUGGCUCACGCUUCCUGCCCGCCGACCCACAACUGCAAAAUUGUCCUGAAAUCCGGCAUAAGGAAGUUUCCUGGACUAGGUUGGAUCAUGCAGAUGUGUUGCUUCCUAUACAUCCACCGCCGCUGGGAGGAGGACCAACGACUCAUGAACAACGUCCUCGGCUACUUCAGGGACAUCAAUCACACUUUCCAGGUACUUCUGUUCCCCGAGGGAACCAAUCUUACUCCGCACACGCAAAAGAAGAGCGAGGAAUUUGCAUGCAAGAUGGGACUUCGCCCGCUCACCCAUCUCCUUCAGCCACGCACCACAGGCUUCACCUUCCUCGUCGAUAAGCUUCGAAACAGUCAGUUGCUGGACGCCGUGUAUGACGUGACGGUGGCGUACCCGAAGACGCUGCCCCUCACCGAGCUGGACCUGAUCAAGGGACGCAUGCCUGAAGAAGUGCACUUCCACAUCAAGCGACAUCCCGCCAGCAGUCUGCCAGCCACAAACGAGGGUUUAAAGGAGUGGCUUCACGACGUGUGGGUAGAGAAGGAUCAGCUGUUGAAGACCACCUUCCAGCAAGGUCACUUCCCGGGCCCCGCAGCAUCCUUCCCUGACCUGCCCGUCAAUGCUUCUUACAUAGCUAUAUUCUUCUGGACGCCACUCACUCUAGGUGUGUUCUACUUACUGUGCACAUGGUGGCCGGUACAGUGGUGGUGCCUGGCCCACACCAUCAUCUUCACCGUUGUUUCCUUCGCCACGGAUGGGCUGCAACACCUGGAGGUUUGGCUCUACCGUCGAGAGGGGUCGCGGUCGAAAAGAGAAUGAUGAUUAAUGAGCAGAUUUUAUCCAUAUUGUUCUAUCAUAUUUUUACUGAGAGGGAACAUUAUUACUCUUUUUAUAAAAAAAAAAAUAAUGGAAACACGGUAGUACCGGAACGCAGUAAUAAAGUAAGUCUUUCCUGGAAAAAAAAAAAAAAAAACGAAGGGCAAUUAACUGUACAGUAACUUUUAGGUAUGAACUACAUGCAGUGAUACAUUAUGAACUCGUCUUGCCAAAUAUUAUAAAUGUACGAGUAGUUGUUGAUAUGAUAUUUACGUAAAUAAACUUUAAGAUUUUA